UACAGGGGACAAAAGGCUGGUAAAGAAACAAUCUCCGCCAUCAAAAUUGUCCUUUUGGACUCGGCUUUUCGCGCUCCCCGAUAUGGACACUUUUUUCUUUUUUGUGUGUGUAUUGUAAUGAAAUUUGUGAAAUCCAUUUUCUUCCCAAUCAGUACAGUGAAAGGAAAAGGAUUUCUUUUAAGCGUCUGAAAAUUCAAAUUUGUUAGGUCAAUAAGCAAUUAAACAUGGACUUGUAUUUGUAACUUGGCCUAAUUUUUAUGUGUAUAACCGGGCGACGGAUAAAAAUGGAGCAGGAUUCUCUGCUACAACGUUACCGUCGCGAUCGCCGGAAGCUCUUGGAGUUUUUGUUAUCUUCCGGUUUGAUAAAGGAAGUACGGACGCCGUCCGGCUCCACUCCUCUCUACGACGCCGACUUCGACAAACUCAGUGCCGAUUACAUCCUCCACUGUAUUAAAUCUGGUGGAAUCGUUGAUGUUUCUGAAGCUUCUAAGAAGUACUAUGCAGAAUCUGCUCAUCCAAUAAUGAUUCAUUCUAAAUUAGGAGAUUCGUAUUUUCUUACUUCUGAUCCAGAUAUAGCUGGAUCUCCUCCUCGGCGGGUGCCUCCUUCAACUAGUGUUAGCAGUAAUAACCAUGCUUCAUCUUCAUCCAGUAAGCUGGAUUCUUUCGACAUGAAGAGUGUUGAAACUCAUGGGGAUGACUAUGGUUUGAAACAGAAAGUAGAAGCAGCUGUAGCUAGGGCUUCUUUCAGGGAUUCUGGAAUACCUUCUCUUGGGUUACCUACCCUCAAAACAGGAUUGUCUGAUGAUGACUUGCGGGAAUCAGCCUACGAGUUAUUGCUUGCAUCUAUGUUUUUUUCUGGGGUCGAAAUGUUUCCGGUUGAGGAUAGGAAGAAAGAAAAGAAUUCAAAAUUUUUGUCUAGAUUAAAGAGUAAAAGGGAAAAACCACAUUCAAGACCUCAGCUGUCAGAAAGACAUUCAGAACUUGUUGAUACUAUUCGUGCACAAAUGCAGAUUUCAGAAGCAAUGGAUGCAUGUAUUCGGCGAAAUAUGGUACAACUUACUGCAAGAAGAACAUGUGGGCAAAUUGAUCUGCCUCAAAUCUCAUUAGAGCUACUCAUUGGCAUUUUCAGAUCUGAUUUUCCUAAUGAAAAAUCUUAUAUACAAUGGAAGAGUAGACAGGUGAAUAUACUAGAAGAAGUUCUAUAUUUUUCAGCUGAACUUCCAGAAACAGAACGUGUAAUCAUUAAAACUUGUCUUGCAAAGAUUAGAGAUACAAAGGAAUGGGAUGUUGCAAUGUCUCCUGCUCAACGAGUUGAGAUUAUAUCAUCUAUUAGACAGGUGGCAUCAAAAGCGUUCUUCCAGCAGGGGAAGUUUGGUCUGCAAAAUGAAACCUAUUACUGGCAAGCUGCUUAUCAUUUGAACAUUAGACUUUAUGAGAAAUUAUUGAAUGGUGUUUUUGACAUUCUUGAUGAAGGCCAACUCAUAGAGGAAGCAGAUGCAAUACUGUCACUUAUAAAACUGACUUGGUCCACUUUAGGCAUCACCGAUAAAUUGCACGAUGCUCUAUAUGGGUGGGCUCUUGUUCAACAGUUUGUUGACACUGCUGAAGGCACUUUGUUGGAGCAUGCUGUUCUUCAGUUGCAGAGAGUUGUAUCUGCUAAAGAAGAUGACUGUAAUGAAGGGCAAUAUAUGAAUAGUAUAACAUGUUUAAAGGAAAGAAAUGGCAGUCAAAAAAAGCUAAAUCUGGUGCAGUCCAUUUUCCUGUCCAUAGGCACUUGGUGUGACAGUAAACUACAAGACUAUCAUCUACAUUUUAGUGAGAAACCUGUUCACUUCAAAAAAGUGGUGGCUUUGGCUUCGACUAUAGGAUUGCUCAGUUCUGCUGAUUGUGCUGAUAAGGUAAUUGUCAAUGCUUCUCGUGAGAAAGUUAAAAGUUAUGUAGAGAGGUCUCUUGAAGCUGCGAUCGGGAGGGUGGCAGUUACUGUUCUUGAAUCUAAAGAAAGGACACAUCGGUUGGCUCUACUUGCAAACCAACUAAGACUGAUUGCUGACAGGGAGUUAAAAAUAUUUUUCCCAGUAUUGCGUCAGUGGUCUUCUGAAUCUAUGAUGAUUUCAGUGCAGAAACUACACCAAUUUUAUGGGGAAAUACUGAUUACAUUCCUAAAGGGAGUCUCAUCUUUAUCUGAAGAUGCUAGAUCAGUGCUUCCUGCUGCCUAUGCCCUGGACAACGAACUUGGCCAACUUUAUACUUCUGCUCUUGAGGAACAGAAAGUGCAGCACUCUCCUAGACCAUAUUUGGACCAUUACCAGAUUGAAAAAGUCUCAGGGCCAUUAAUUAUUGAUUGGGUGAUUGGUCAGCAUACUCACAUACUGGAAUGGACAAGAAGAGCAUUGGAACUUGAGGAUUGGGAGCCGUUGUCAUUUCAUCAAAGGCAGGCAGCAUCAAUAGUUGAAGUUUUUAGGAUAUUGGAGGAGACAGUGGAUCAACUCUUUGGAAUGAAUCUCCCUCUGGACAUUACUCAUCUGCAAGCCCUUCUAUCUAUAGUUUUCCACAGUUUGGAUGCAUAUCUGCAGAGAGUUCUCAAUCAGUUAGUUGAGAAGAAUCAUCUCUACCCAUCGGCCCCUCCAUUGACUCGUUACACUGAGACAGCUAUUCCACUAAUUAAGAAGAGGUUGAAUGAAUACAAAGUCUUAGAUGACAUCAUGCUUGAUAGAUUGAAUGAACUGACAAUACCCAAACUCUGCAUCCGGCUGAACACCCUUCAGUAUAUUCAGAAACAGGUUGGCGUACUUGAAGAUGACAUUCGAAACUCUUGGGCAGCUGUAAGGCCAUCCCUUAACCAAACACAGGCUGAAGAAGAGCCUGUGGAGAUUUUGGAGAGUGACUCACUAACACAUAACGAAACAGUAGAUGAACUCUUUGGUACGACCUUUAACAUCAUCAGGGAUACUGCUAAAGAUAUUGGCCAAAAAACUUGUGACCUGAUUGGAACAAGAGUUGUGUUUUGGGAUCUUAGAGAUGCAUUCCUGUUUCAUUUAUAUCGCGGCAAUGUUGAAAGCACUCGUUUGGAGAAUUUUCUUCCCGAUUUCGACAUGGUUCUGGACAAUGUAUGUGGCGUGAUAGAUGAUGCUGUUAGAGAUGUUGUAGUUAUAAGUAUUUAUAAGGCUUCAUUGGAAGGCUUUGUUUGGGUAUUACUUGAUGGAGGUCCUUGCCGUGCCUUCUCUGAUUCGGAUAUCAUCCUUAUGGAAGAAGACCUUUUGACACUAAAGGAAUUUUUCAUUGCCGAUGGAGAAGGCCUUCCAGAGUCUUUAGUUGAGCAGGAAGCAAAAUUUGCUGAACGCAUUCUUCACAUGUUUUCUCUUCAGACCGAAACUGUUAUUCAAAUGCUAAUGACUGCAAGUGAGCUCAUUUCAAUGGGAUUAGAUUCAAACAAACAAGGCCAUACAAACUUGGGGGAUGCUCACAUUUUAAUGCGAGUAUUAUGCCACAAGAAAGAUAGGGAGGCAUCAAAGUUCUUAAAAGUGCAAUAUCAGCUACCCAUGUCUUCAGAUUAUGACGAUACUCCCUUAGGGGAUUCGACCUCAAGAUUGCCUCGUAUGUCAGAUGUUCUUAAGCGAAGCACCUCAAUUCGCUGGAACAAGAAACGACAAAGUAGUUUUAAAUCGAUGAAGAAGAAAAUUCAAGGAGCAACAAACGAAAUCAGAAAUGUUGGAAGGUAAUGUAGCUGCGAAAUCAUGUUUGCAUAUAGGGCUUUAUUUAUAUCUUCAUCAAAUCUCAAUAGAGCAUUCUAGCUGUCUCCUUGUGCUUAGAAAAUGAGCUGGGUCUCUAAAUCCAAUUUAUUUAUAGUUGCAUGCAAGUAAAAAAGGCCAAUGGUGGUAACACUAAUUAGGGACUUAGGCAUCAUGCAUACAACUUAUUUAUGAAUGUAAUGUUCUGUCGGUACAAAUUCGUGUAAAUCUACCCUCCAAACCAAGAAUACCGAGAGAAACGAGGCCUACCCCAAUAACUAAAUACCUAUCCAAGUUUUGUUUUAGUAGUGAUCAAACUGUAAACUUUCAUUUUUUGGCUCUUGUUUUUCUUAUUUCAUAUGUUUUAGCUGGUUGCAAUUGUUGAAGGGAAUGAGAGAUCCUAAUAUUUUGGGUUUGAAGUAGUGAAAGGACAUCGGUUUUCAUUCAUUUUCUUCCUUUUUCUCUAUUAUAUGAUGUAAUAGGCCGACUUUAAUCAAUUUUUAUUAUCUUCCAUUAAUUAUGUGGAUUUUUUUUUAA